AUGGCGAAGCUUCGACAAGUCUUCGAGGAAGCGGGUCAAAGUAACCUGCUCGUAGAGUUCGAGGCAGCCAGUACUACCGACGGUGGCGAAGGCGAGGAUGCGGACUUCGAAGACGACGACGAUGAAGACGAGGCUGAUGAGGAGCCUGCCGAAGUGGACGAGGAGGACGAGGAGGCCGAGGAAGAGGAGCCUGACGAAGACGAGGCGGAAGAGGACGCAGGAGGGAAGGAAACGAAAUCCAUCACGAAGGAAGCCAAACUUCAAAAGCCUUCGGCGGAGAGCAGCAAGGCGAAACAAAGUCCUCCUCGCGAGUCCUUCCCAGCGCUCCGCGCUUACCUGUCUCGCACGACGGCCUUCGAACGGGCUCUUCGGGAUGAAGGGAUGGAGCACCUGCUAAACGACCCACCAGAGCUUGGCCGUCUGUUGCGGCUGAUCAAGUCCUUGAUGAGCACUCUCGAGACACAUGGUUUGAAAGAUGCCGAAAAGGAUCCGUCCCUGCUGGCAGAAAUCCUCUCUGCUUACAGAGCGCUGCAGUCCGCCUUCCGGGAAUACGACAUGGAGGAACUUUUCGAAGAUCCCGAGUAUGCUCUCAAGGCCUUUCUGCGAAAUCAUCAUCGGAUUCGCGCUGAGUUCGACAAGUACGGCCUAGGCUACCUCUUCGACAGUGUGCCGUCAAUGCGAGAUUUCCUUGCAAAGUACAAGGACAUGGAGCAGGAACUCAAGGCCGUGAAGGAAGCGAGAGCUGGAGAAAGGCUGGCUCAACGUGACGCUGACAUGGCCCGCCUCGAGAGUCGCCUCCUCAAGAAGGAAGAGGAGAUCGAAGAUCUGAAAGCUCGGCUCAAGGAGUUCGAACAGUUGGGCGACGUGAGUGCGGUAAGGAAGUGGAAAGCUGACUCCGAAGAGCUCAAACGCCUGCAGAGGAUCUAUAACUCCACCAGCAGCCGCCUCGCCGAGCUAGAAGCCAGGCUGCCUGUAGCAUGGCUAGGGCAGGGCGGUGACGAUGCGACACCUGCACCUCAUCCUACCGCCGAGGAAAGGGCCUUGGACCUCAAAGAGAAGGAGCUUGUGCCCGUCACUGCCAUGCAGCAACUUUGCCAGCAUGGAGAGAGCAAGCAAAGCCAUCAGGAGCGCGAGGCAGCGUUGGAGAAGGAGCGGCUCAUGGCCGUCAAGUACAAGGACAGACAGACAACCAAAGGGCAAAAUAUACAGUCACAUACAUUCACCCUUCGAACAAACAGUAUAGUGCAUCAUGAGAGCAGGGGGAACUCGCCUGAGCUAGAGUCUGAGCAAGCCAUCCAACCGCGAAAGCUUCCAGCACAGCUUUCAUCAUAUGAUCACUGCAUCACAGUAUCUGUGGGCAGCCAAGAGAGCUACAACAUCCAGACCACCGCUAUGAUGUCAAACGGAUUCGCGCAAUGA